GCAAGGACGAGUGAUAGAAGGAAAGAGGGGAAUUGGAUCCAUGGGGGGAGUUUGGAGAGAAAGGCUAUGAUUUGGGAUUGGAUGGCUUCAAUCAAUCAAUUAGAAAUUAGAAAGGGGCAUUUCAACUGCUAUGUACAGAAACCGUUAAACGCAAGAGCUCCCCGCUUCCCUUCGUUUUCCCAGGCUCCCCCUCCCUUCUCUCUCCCUGUCUCACCAGAUUAGCAAGAACCCAAGGAAUGCUGUAGCAUCUGCGAUUUCUCCGAUGUCAGAUUUUUUAUCUGAUCUCAAAGCUCGGGUAGAGGCUCUGGCAGGGAUUCUUACGAAUCAGUCUGCAUCAGGGGAGGUGGAUACAUACUAUCCAAUCAAAUCAGAAUGUCAAGAUGACGUCCCAAAGAUCCGGUUUAGGCCCAGGGUAGGAAAAACUCUUAGUGAAAGAAAAUGGAAUGCUGCAUUCCAUCACGAUGGUAGUUUGGAUAUAGCAAAAGUGCUUAGGCGGAUCCAAAGAGGGGGUGUUCACCCAUCAAUCAAAGGGGAAGUCUGGGAGUUUCUGUUGGGUUGCUAUGAUCCCAAUAGCACCUUCAGUGAACGGAAUCAGCUCAGGCAGCACCGGAGGAAACUGUUUGAGACAUGGAAAGCUAAAUGUCAAAAGAUGGUACUGGUUAUUGGUAGUGGAAGCAUUAUUACAACACCUAUCAUCACUGAAGAUGGUCAACCAAUACAAAAUAUUUCAACGAGUGGUGGUCUACAGGAUGAAAAUGGAACCAGAUCGACAUCCUCCCCUGAAUCCUCUUUAGGUCUUAAGGGACGUGUAGAUGUUGAGACAGACAAGAAGGUGAUUCAAUGGAAGCUUCUCUUGCAUCAAAUUGGUUUGGAUGUUGUUCGUACAGACCGCUUUCUAGCCUUUUAUGAAAGUGAAGCUAAUCAAGCAAAACUCUGGAAUGUUCUGUCAGUGUAUGCAUGGGUGGAUGGUGACAUUGGUUACUGUCAAGGAAUGAAUGAUAUUUGCUCUCCAAUUGUGGUUCUUCUUGACGAUGAAGCGGAUGCCUUUUGGUGCUUUGAGCGUGCCAUGCGUCGAUUGAGAGAGAAUUUCAGGUGUAGUACAAGUCACAUAGGGGUGCAGUCUCAGUUGGGAACACUUUCCAAAAUUAUUAAAACUGUUGAUCCUAAGCUUCACCAGCAUAUUGAGGAUAUAGAUGGGGGAGAGUACUUGUUUGCAUUUCGAAUGCUGAUGGUGCUUUUCCGGAGAGAGUUUUCGUUUGUGGAUGCCUUGUACCUUUGGGAGUUGAUGUGGGCCAUGGAGUACAACCCAAACAUCUUUUUAUCAUAUGAGAAGCCGAGCAAUAAUCCUGAUAAGAGCAUUGCACCCAAAUUAAGUGAUGAGCUACUGAAGCAAUAUGGUAAAUUUGAGAGGAAAAAUGUGAGGGCUGGACGAAAGGACCAACAAAAUGCUCUUGCUGUUUUCCUUGUUGCAAAUGUCCUCGAGACAAAGAACAAAAAACUUUUAAGGGAUGCCAAGGGUCUGGACGAUGUUGUCAAGAUAGUGGGUGACAUAAUUGGAAAUUUGGAUGCGAAAAGAGCAUGCAAGGGGGCAUUGAAGAUUCAGAGAAAGUACCUGACCAAGGCAAUUUCUCUCUCUCUCUCUCUCUCUCUCUCUCUCACACACACACACACACACACACUUACACAAAAUGAUUUACUAAAGCGCAUUUUAUAUCCAUAAUGAUUGUGACUGCAUGCAGGCUGAUGACUCAUGAGAAUUCUUGGCCUGAUCAUUCUACUGAUGCAAAUUCUGGGCCGCAAUGGAGAUGUUCCGUGUAGGUGUGCUUACGCCCCUUUUGCUGGUAAAAGAUUUUAUUCAUAGUUCCAGUUGUUUGAUCAUUUUUAGAGUUCAGUCGUAGAUUUGAUCUUCUAUCCCCACUGUAUGAUCAAAGUUACUGGUGCUUGAGAAUGAGAUUUUGCUAAGCCAUGUACUCAUGCUACAAUAUUCAUUCAAAAAUGAAUGCAAUUUUGGGUUGACUUA